UUACACUCUCUCUUCUUGUCUCUCAUCGAUGAGUCGGCGGGAAUUAUGGCGCCCCUUCUAAGAGCAUACUUUGCACCGCGGCAACGCUCUCUGUUAUCUUCACUCUUUGCAGUCACAUUUCUCGGUGCCGUUUUGGUGGUCGCCUUCCCCUGUCCAGCCAAACCUAUCGAUCGUUUAUUGGGCAGAAAACGUAUAGAAGGUGUCUCAUUCACACAGGAGCAGGAGCAGGAGAUCAUUGUAAUGAUGAACGAGCGCUCAAAGCGCAAGUUCCUGCCGGAAAGAUAGCUUGUCCAAGGCCGAAGGACUCAUAACGACUGCGACGAAUUGCAUGAUCCCUUGAACAAAGUGUUGUACUGUGUCCUAAACCUUGCAUCGAAUGGGCUGGUCAGCGGGACGAUUUUGGGGUUCCCUCUCCGUGUAGCGACAAUCCCCAGUCAUGAGA